GGUCCACGGCGCGCGCGGCGGCGCGGGGCGGAGCGCAGGGAUCCUUCGGGAACCGUGCGGGUGCCUGCGAAGGGCGAGUUGGCAUGGGGGAGACCUCGGCGGACACCGGAGCUCCGGCCGGUGGCGUCGGCCCCGCAGGGUCGCUGAUUCCGGAGGCGGAGGCAGCGAAGCUGCUGCCUUUCCUGGCGUCCGGGGCGCGGGCGGACCUGCAGGCGGCGGCAGCAAGACAUGUGCUGGCGCUGACCGGCUCGGGGCCAGGCCGGACGCUGCUGGCUGGCCAGGCGGCUCUGCUGCGGGCACUGGUCGACUUGGCGGUGGCCCCGGCCCCGGCCAGCGACGGCCUGGAGCGGCUGGUGCUCGCGCUGUGCACGCCCGGCUACAAUGCCCGUGCGCCCCUUCAUUACCUGGGGCCACUGCUCUCCAACCUCAGCCAGCGUCCCGCGGCGCGCGCCUUCCUGCUGGACCCCGACAGGUGCGUGGUCCAGCGGCUGCUGCCGCUUACCCAGUACCCAGACUCCACGGUGCGCAGGGGCGGAGUGGUGGGGACGCUGCGAAACUGCUGCUUUGAGCACCGACACCACGAGUGGCUGUUGGGACCCAAGGUAGACAUUCUCCCCUUCUUGCUGCUGCCCCUGGCUGGGCCUGAGGACUUCUCUGAGGAGGAGAUGGAGCGGCUGCCCGUGGACUUGCAGUACCUGCCGCCAGACAAGCAGCGGGAGCCAGACGCUGACAUCCGCAAGAUGCUCAUUGAGGCCAUCAUGCUGCUGACAGCCACGGCACCUGGUCGGCAGCAGGUGAGGGACCAGGGAGCCUACCUGAUCCUGCGUGAGCUGCACAGUUGGGAGCCAGAGCCCCACGUACGGGUGACUUGUGAGAAACUCAUCCAGGUGCUUAUUGGGGAUGAGCCGGAGCAUGGCAUGGAAAACCUGCUGGAGGUGCAGGUGCCUGAGGAUGUGGAGCGGCAGCUGCAGCAGCUGGACUGCCAGGAGCAGGAGCAGUGCGAGCGAGAGCAGCAGGAGUGGGAGCUGGCCCCAGAGCCAAAAGCAGAGGGAGCUGCACCUACCUGAGGCCCCGCAGCCCGCUACCAGCUCUGGGCCUUCUUUCACUAGCCCAUCAGCCCUGGCUUCCCAGACCAGGCCUUCCCGCAGCUGUCAGCCUCUGGGUCCCCUUGCUCGGAGGCCGUGCCCUGCUGAGGAGAGCUUCGCUUAACUCCAUGCUGAGGGCUCUAGGGCACCUGCCCCACACACAUUGGAGGGUUGAGGGUACCUGCCUAUGUCCUGUUGCUUCCAGCAAGAAUGCAGCUUGCUCCCAUGGCUUGGCUCUCCGGUACCUCCAGGGAGGUGGCCAGUGGAGCCAGGGCCCCCUCCCAGCCAUGGCAGUCAUGGUGUUGGGGCCAGACCGAAACAUACUGCAAACCCGAGAGACCAGCUAGAGCUUCCCAGUUCCAGGGGUGCUACAGGGUCUGGGCCUAGGUGGGCAGCCAGGUGCAAGCAGUGUCCCUUGCCGCCAUUCCCACCCAGGCCCCUUCAUCCUGGCCCUCAGCUUGUCCUGUCUGACCGCCAGCCUCAGUGCGCUUUCUUGACUUUCAGCAGCUAUAGCCUGUCCUGGGGUCUCCUCGGGCUGUACCCCCCGGCUGUCCUUGGAGCAUUUGCUGGGUGCUGCCCCUCCUCCAUCCUCUCCACCUUCCCUCGACCUGUGCCCUGGCUCUGCCCUCAGCGCCUUGCCAGCUCAAGUCCAGACUGACCCGAUGGCCCUGUUCUCCCCGUCGGCAAGGCCCGCCCCCUCGUCAGCCUCUGUGGGUCACUGCACAGAGCUGCUCUGUCGUGCCUGCAGUCUUGCCCUUGGCCCAGGCCCUUGCCCUAACCACCCCAUGGGCCCAGGAACCUGGUUCUCCCCUGGCUCCCUGUGUGGUUCCCCCAGUUCUGCAGCUGCCAAGCCAAGUUCCACAGGCUUUCAGUGUACCCCUCAACACACUGUGUUCCCUCCCUGGACCCCCCCCACCGAACUUGUACCAUCUUUGCACAGGACCUGAACGUGAACCCUCCCAGGGCUUUUGUGCCACAGUGCAGCUUGGUCCCCAGGGGUUCCCAGCACCCCCAGUCCUCAUGCCUCCAGUCCUGGUGCUGCCUCCAGAGCCCCAUUAAAACUUCACUUGCGGAUGUGGGGACUCAGCGCCCCAAGGCCAGCCGCCUUCUUCCGGCACAGAUGACACACUCCCAUCUCCACAGAAUAAACGUUUUUCUGGCCUCG